GUGAAGAUGACCUGUGACGCGAUCGCACAAGUCACGUUCUCGUUUGUUUGAUAUGGCACUUUCUUGAUUUGAUGAACGUAUUUAUUCUAGAGGCCGCUGGACGUUGUUGAUCUAGAUCUUCAGCCCGAAGGACCCAUUUUGACGUUUUUUGCAAUAGAGAUAGAGUUUUGUUUUUCCGACUGUCUUCAUCUAUUUCAUUUGCAUUGAUUAUCAAAGGACCACCCAGAGGUGAGUGAAGGCAAAGCAGCAACAUGUAUUCUCCACCAGGCGAGCAAGUAAGUGGCUCAUCGGCUUCCAUCGGGUCAUCUGCGUUUGGUGGCAGUGGCACUUCUGCGUCUUUGAAUGAGCAAGAUAUGAUUGCAGAAACAGCUCCAGAGUACCAAGGCCCAGCUUCCUUGCCAAUCUUCACUGCUUUCAGCGCAGCGCUUGCAGGCGGAGCUCCAGGAGCGGGCGACCAGUCGACGACUUCGGCAAAUGCCACGGCUGCUGUUUCGCAGCCAGUAUCCCAGUCGCAGUUCCACGCCGUGCCAACCUCUGUCGUGUCGUCCUCGACGGGAUUCGCUUCCACGGGACCCGUAGGAAAUCAGAGAAAAAAGGCUGGUCCGUCAAGUGCGUCCUAUGGCAGACGGGGGAAACAUGCUCGGGCCGAUGAAGUGGCGCAAGUGUCACUCGAUCCGGAACAGGUAACCAACGAAGGAGCGACGGCAUCACUGCGCCUUUGUCCUGCAAGGCCUAUCAGUACUAUAUGUUUUUGUCAUGGUUCUGGAUGCUAGGUACUACAGGUAGAAUGAAAAUAAAAGGAAGGAUCUCUUUGCCUCUCUCUCUCUCUCUCUCUCUCUCUCUCUCUCUCUCUCUUUCUCUCUCUCUCUCUCUCUCUCUCGCAUUUCCUAUUUUCCCACCUUUUCCUGCCUCUGUUUUUUCCUUUCACGACGAGGCACGUUAGCGCAGUGGUGUGGUUUACUGCUUCGAUAGCCAGUGGCACAGCUUACCGAGGAGGAGCAGAGACAGCGGAUUGCGCUCUUUAUGGACGGUUUUCGUCGCGAGGCAAUUCGACUAGAGGAUGACCAUUGGCUAUUCGAAAACGCAAACGUGAAAAAAGGCGAUUAGCAUUACUAGCCGCAAAUAGAUGAACAAGAAUUAUACUGUCGAUAUGAGACAAACCCCGGUCUUUGCUGGACAAAGGAAUUUACCGACGAUGAUGUAUUUCAUUUGUGUCCGCGACUGCCUGUCAAUGUGCUUUCCGUAAUAU